CUGAAUGCGGAAUGUCGGACGUGCGGGGACGACUUCUGAUCAUAGCUGGCCUGCUGCUUUUCCUGGCUGCGGGGCUGGCUUUCAUCAGUAUCCAUAGCAGCAGCCAUGUUUCAUCCGUCUCAGAAAUGCCGGCAUCCGAACAACUGCAGCAACGAGAAUCAAUUUCUGACUUCAUCAGAAACAAUGUCAAUCCUGAGAAUAUUCGCUCAUACUUAAGGUUCCUGACUUCCCAGCCUCACUUAGGAGGAACUCAAGCGGAGUUACUGACCGCGGAGUGGGUGGCAGAGUUGUGGCGAAACCAGGGCCUCGAUGACGUGCAAAUGGUGUCAUACGACGUGCUCAUGUCGUACCCUCAUGACACCAUUCCCAACCUGGUUCGCCUGGUAAGCACAUCAACGGGCGCAUCUCAGUGGGAGUCUCAGCCGAAGCAGCGGCCGCUGUACGCGNACCCGGUUCGCCUGGUAAGCACAUCAACGGGCGCAUCUCAGUGGGAGUCUCAGCCGAAGCAGCGGCCGCUGUACGCGCCCGAGGAAGGCAGCGACGAUGUGCCUUUCAACUUCAACGGCUACUCCGCUCCGGGCAAUGUCACGGCUGAACUGGUGUACGCACAUUACGGGCGGGAACAAGACUUCGAUUACCUUAACGCCAGCGGGGUGGCCGUGGCAGGUCGUAUUGUGCUGGCACGCUACGGUGAAAUCUUCAGGGCAAACAUUGCAGAUUUCGCAGAGCGUCGUGGAGCUCUGGGCCUGAUUUUGUUCAGUGAUCCCUCGGAUUAUGCGCCGCGGGGCAGCGAGGCCGUCUACCCUCACACCGUCAUGAUGCCGCCCUCGGCCGUGCCCUUAGGAACUGCCAAGCUUAAGGACGGCGAUCCUCUCACUCCAUUCUACCCGGCAAUACACCGGUACGUGGUUCUGGGCAACCACCGCGACGCGUGGAUUUUCGGCGCCAUUGACCCGUCCUCAGGCACGGCCGCCAUGAUGGAGCUGUCCAGGGUCCUCAUGGCCGCCACCACGCAAAUUGGCAACUAUACACUGAGAACAAAAUCCGCACCACUGCUCUACGACGUCGUCUACAACGCCUCGAAACAGGUCCCCAACCCCGACCCUGCUGAGGUAGCAGCGGGGCGUCCCACCGUGUACGACACUUGGCUCCUGCGCCGCCCUGACGCGCAGCACCCUGGCCUGCCUCGGAUGCAGUCCAUCGGCAGCGGCAGCGACUACACCGGCUUCCAGCACCGCAUAGGCGUGCCCUGCCUCGACAUCCGCUACACUCACGACGAUGAAACCCUAGGCGAGCCCCUCUACCACACUCUGUACGAGACGUUUGCUUUGGUCGACGAGCUCUACGACCAAGGCUUCAAUUUCCACGCCGCCAUGACGGACCUCUGGGGGCAGAUCAGCGUUGUUCUCUCUGAUGCGCUUGUUCUGCCCAUGUCCCUUGAGGCGUACGCUUCAUACAUUAGCGACGCGCAAGCCGACAUUGUGACGCAGUUUGGACAGAUGGUCACAGACAGGAACCUAACUUUCCAAUAUUUCUUGGAUGCCGGAUCAGCUUUCAACCGCAGCGUCUACGAAUUCGAGGAGACACUUGCCCUCCUCGAUACCAGCAACGCCAUGUCGGUACGAGCAGCGAACGACCGCAUGAUGCUCGUGGAGCGCGCCUUCAUUGACCCACGAGGUCUACCCGGGCGGCCUGAAUACAACCACGUGGUCUUCGCCCCGAGCUCGAACGACGCUUACGCAGGCACGGCGUUCGCAGGUCUCACCGACGCUCUGAAUUUCAUCGCCCAAAACCCCGACGACCCAAACGUGGACAGCACCUGGCGGGAGUUCCAGGAGCAUAUGAACAAUAACAGAGCAGCACGCGGUAUCAGAUUGUGA